AUGCUGCCGAUCAAGCGGAAGCACACGGAGGUGGAGGAGUCGCGCGAGCCGAAUCAGCCGCCACAGCAGCAGCAGCAGCAGCACGUUGCAGGCAGCGUUAGCAGCAGCGCCAACGGCGCGCCAGGGGAUCCGAGCGGCGCUGCAGUCGGCGCCGCAGACCUCUCGAUGCGAGACGGCCACUCUCGAGCUGCACCCUCCCUGCGCCUCAACCGUUUGGAGCUUAUGCACAAGGCAGGCGAGGAUGCGGAGCUCAUGCAACUCGCGAGUGACGAGGCGGAGAAGGCGGCGGAGGCGGCGGAGGCGGUCUGCCAGUACAUGCGGCGCCAAAUGCAAGGCUUGCGCGCGCGCUCGCAGCCGGAGGUGACGCCUGCCGCGGUGACCGCGGCAGUCGAGCCGGCGUCGCCACCGCGCCCAGCGGAGCGCCCGGAGUCUACCGCUGCGGAGGCGGAGGCGGAGGCGGAGGCGGAGGCGGAGGCGGAGGAGGCAUCCAGCGGCGGCGCCUCACAGCCCGGCCCCACCUCUGCCCUCUCCACCACCGCCUCUGCCGCGGCCACCAUCUCCGUCUCCCACUCCGUGGCAUCCCGACCCCCACGCGCCGAUGCACCGGACGAGCUGCAGACGUACGCGGUGAUGAUUGACUUCUGCUCGGCCCAUCAGAAGGGCAAGUGUGGUGAGGCGCGGACGACGCAGGAGAACGCUCUCUUCACAAGGGCGCUCCACAGCAUGGGCGACUGGUACUCGCACCAGGAGACGACGGUGAUCAAGCUCACCAAGCUGCCCGAGGGCUAUCCGAACGGCUUCGACUUCCCGGACGGCAUGGUUGCAAACACCGCGGACUAUGCGGGGCGUGGGUGGUGCUUCGAGGAGGCCUCGGUCGCCGGCCUCAUCAAAUCGUCGGGCAAGGUGCUCGACCUCGGCCAGUAUGACAAGGCCUCCAACCUCGAGGAGCUGAAGAAGGAGUGCAAGGCUGGCCGCGCCCCGCCACUCACGCCCGCCGAGUUCGACAGGCAGCUCGAGACCAAGUCGUUCACCUCGAAAAAGGCUGACCUCGCUCAGGUGCAGGCCCUCUACCUGCACGCGUAUGAGAGCCGAUUGGGCUGCGUGACGGAACUGUGGCUGCGCGAGCUUGGGUGGGCGGACGCCGAGUGCGAGCAGCUCAUCUCGGUGAUUCGCUCCGGGGUGCUCAAAGAGCUCAAGCUGCUGGUCCUCAACCUCAACGAUAUUGGAGACGACAGCGCCAACCUCCUCGCCGCCGAGAUACUGAACGGUGCGCUGCCAAAGCUCAAGGAGCUGAGCGUCUAUGGCAACGCGCGCCUCUCGACGAGCCGGGGGUUGGAUGAGCUUUGGAUGGCGUGCAAAGAGAGGCGCGUGGCCCUGUUCACGCGCGCGCAAGUGCCCGAGUGGUCGUAUAUGUCUCGUGUAUUGUAA